AUGGCCUUGGGCUUUAUAGGCAAUUUUGAAUUAAUUCCAGAAAAAUGUGUAUUGAAACUUGAAUUGUUUGUUAAUUCAGAAAACUUAAAUAGUAAAGUGCAAUCAGACAAUAAGAAUGAUAAUGGAACCGAUUAUAAAGCAGCUUUUCGAAAAGCCGUACGUUCUAUGUCUGAAAUUGGUAAUGGUUUAUCCUUGAUUGGCGCUUUUUUGACAUUUUUCACAUUAAUAUCUUUCAGUAAAUUACGGAAAAGGAAGAGCAAUUUAAUUAUCUGUAUCUUAUGCAUCAGUGUAGCUGCCGUCAAUAUAUUAAAUUUCGCUGUGCAACGAUCUGCUGAUUAUCCUAUCCCUUGCCUAAUUGUCGCUAUUCUCAGCCAUUUCUUCUUAUUAUCUAAAAUUAUCUGGAUGACUAUUUUAGCUUUCCACUUAUACUUUGAAUUGAUUAAAGUUUAUUCUACUGUCAAUCUCUUAACUACUUCUAAAUUGAUCUUGAUCACUACUGUGAUAGGAUUUGGUAUACCAAUCCUAGUAGUCGGUAUAGCUUAUAUUGCUGAUGGCGACAAAAUCUAUGGCAGGAAUGCCAAUGGAUUCUGUUGGAUGAAUGCCGUCCAUGCUGAUGCACUUUUCAUCUAUCCUAUGCUCGCCUUAGUAGGCGUUAACUUUGUUAUUUUCAUCUUGAUCUUCUACCAAGUUCGUAAAUUAUCCAAAGAUCGAGAUGGCAAUUUUACUCUAUCGCAAAUGAGGGCAUUAAUGGCUUUAGUCACAGCUCUAGGUCUUGCUUGGAUAUUUGUAUUAUUGACUUAUAUCGAAAAACCAGUCUUUCUAAAAAAUAUUGCUGAAGUCCUUUUUGUCGUUUGUACUUCAUUGCAAGGCUUCUUCCUCUAUUACUUUUACUGUGUAUCUAAAGAUGAAGUCAGAGCUUGCUAUAUGAAAUUAUUCGGUUACCAACCACUCAGUCAAACACAGAGCGGUACUUCUACUAAGCCAACGAAUGGUAGUUCACGAAAUUUAACACGUAUAGGAAGGGAUUUAAGGUCUUAUCAUUCAGAGAAAUCUAUUUCACCUAGUGUUUCAACGCAAAAAAUUGCUGAAAAUACGACUUAUAAGACUAAUUUAACAUCCAAUGAUACCACCAAACGAGGUAGUGCAUGUAGUAGUUUAACUGGUUCACAGUUAGAAAAAAUUGAAGAAGAGAAUAUUGCUAAUGCAGAAGAAGCGAAGGAGGUGAAAUCGAGUGCAGAGAAAGCAAUAUCAAGCAAUGAUGGUAAUUCAGGUACGGUUAAUAUCGCUUUUGAAGCUGAAUCAGCUAGCUCAAAAUCCACUAAUGAAGAUGAAAUCACUUUCGAGGGUAAAAAGAAAGAGAAAAGAGUUAGUCUUCAAAUCAAUGGUAAGAUUGAAUUCCCAGAAAAGUCAGUAGAAUUGACUAUUGAAGAAGUCAAGCCAGAAAUUCAAAUUGCAGACGCUAGUAAAGAAUAUGAUAUAACUGCCAAUGAUGAUAGAGUAUAA